AUUGACCAGCGCAAGAAAAGCGUAAACUUGCGCGGUUGUGUCGAAAGCGGUGCGUAAAGAAAGCGAGGGCACGGAGGGGCGCGGGCGCGCGGCGGUGACGGUUGGACAGGAAUGAAAUUGAUAUUUUUCUUUAUUAUUUGAUAACGGAAUCCCUCUCCGGUUCAUGGGAGUAUCUGCUGCAAGAUAUUUUCGUCCUUAAAUGGCAUGCAAAACUCACUGAAAAGCACAUAUUAGGUCACCAUGGAGGGAAGCCAGCAGUUUCGUCUUAAAUGGAACAAUUAUCAUGUGAACAUUACCAACUCAUUUGAUUCUCUGCGUCUGGAUGAAGACUUUGUGGAUGUCACAGUGGCCUGUGAUGGGUUCCAAACAAAGGCCCACAGAAUGGUGCUUUCAGCCUGCAGUCCAUACUUCAGGGAGUUGCUCAAGUCUAACCCGCACCCGCACCCGAUCGUCAUACUGCGCGACGUGGAUCGGCGCCACCUGGAGCUGCUGCUCGACUACAUGUACCACGGUGAGGUGAAUGUCGCGCAGGCGCACCUCGCCGACUUCCUCAAGGUGGCCGAGAUGCUCAAGGUCAAGGGACUGGCCGACGACCGGCCGUCGAACGCCCCUGCCGACCCCACCACCAAUGGCCGCUCGGGCUCCGAGUCUCCCGCUGCACCAGCUGUCGGGCCGCCGGAGAAGCGGCGUCGCCGCUCACCGCCGGCCGGCCGGGCGAUGAAGCGCGAGCCCAGCCCGGAGCCGGACUGGGGCCCGGAGGCGCCGGAGCCGGAGCCGGCGCCCGCCGACGGCCUGUCGGAGCGACUGCCGGACGGACCGGUGCCCUCGCCGUCCCCGGAGACCGGCACAGGUCAGCCGGGCGAGCCUGGUCCGUCACUGGGCGCGAGCUACGACACCGGUCAGGAGUCUCCUCUGGCGCAGGAUCCCGUCACGCGCCUGAUGAGCUGUCCCCACUGCACCCACCUCUCCAACAACUACGGGAAGCUGAAGGCGCACAUCGGCAAGGUGCACUUCCCCGUGCCGGUCACCUGCGCCGACUGCGGCAAGGUCUGCAAGAACAAGUACGCCAUGCAGGUGCACAAGAGCAAGUACCACCGCCGGACGUGGAAGACUGUACCGUCGGCGCCGCGGGUCCCAUCGCCCGUGGGGUGGUCCCUGCAGCCGGCCGGCGGCGGUCCGGGGACGGAGGACCGCGGGGGAACCUCCGCGCCGGGACAGGGUGGCCCGCUGGGACCGGGACAGGGCGGGCCGAUUGGACCGGGGCAGGGUGGGCUGAUGGGACCGGGGUCGGCGCCAGGGCCUGUACCCUUGUCUGUGUCAGGAGGCCCUAUGUUGUCGGUACCAGCGGGUCCUCUGGUGUCUGGAGCAGCAGGAUCGCUGGCUUCGGGACCGAUGGGCCCCCUGGCUUCAAUACCGGCAGGUCCUGAGGUCUCGGGGCCGUUCCAGGGCCCAUUUAGGCUACCCAGAGACGAACUAGCGCCGCCCCCGGUGCCUGUCCAGGGAUCACCUCUGACGCUCGGCGAGGUGCCCGGUCCUGUGCUGGUCAGGGACUCGGCACCUCCGGAAACCCAACAGAAGAUGGAUGUCCCAUCCCCGUCGGCCGGUCUCGACCUGACCCGGAAACCGGCACUGAACCCCGGUCAGUCGUGACCUGACCUGGCGACCACUGACCUGGCGGUCACUGACCUACCGGGUCAGUGUCGGCAGGUCGGUCCCGGGAUCAGCGCUCGGUGCCUUUAACGGUUCUGCUUGUAAUGCGGGUGGUUUGGUGUCUAAUAUGAGAUCUUCAACAUAUUUUUUGAGAGAAUGGGGAAUUCCCAAGGUUCAUUAGGUUUUAGUGUCUGAUGCUGGAGCCACAGGUCAGCUGCGAAUCAUUGAAUAGUCCAGUGGCCUGAACUUGUAUUACCCAAUGAAGCGUCGUAAUCGGGCCUGCCGUUUAAUUAGGUAUAUGUUACCUGUGUAAUCUCACUGGAGUCACAAAGGCUCAGACGCUGCUUCGAUAGCUGCAUGUAAUUCUUGCCUCAACACAUACCUCUUAGAGCAAUGUUAUUAGUGCAGAGCUGAUUUAACGUGUGUGGCUACUGGCUGGUGCUAUUUAUGAUUAUGAAACCAUAUGACGCUUGUGAAAUAAGUAAUAACGCUGCAGCAACAUUUUAGUCAAAUGCGAACUUGCGACCUCCCUGCCUAUUUUUGCGAGUGUUUUUCCUGAUAUUGGUUGUUGGUUCCGGCCGUCUGACCUCUGUGUUUGACGUCUGACCUCACUGAAGCACGGGUAAGGGUGUUCCCGAUUGGGAGGGGCUUAUAUCGUAUACCUCAGCGGUUGACCUCGGUGCUCUGGCUGCGACCCGAGCCGCCGACCGGCCAGCCUGCCUUCCAUAGCAGAGCGCUUAUUGUGUUCAUAUGUCAUAGUCAGACUAGUUUUACCGGUGUAGCGGAAUGCAGCGUGAUUAAGCUGGUGUUGGUAGUGUAGACAUACAUAUAUUUUGUAUUUUAGCAGUGCCUGGAAGGCAGCGGGCGGCGCUGCAGCACACCCGUGCGUGGGUGUUUGCUAGUAUCGCGUUACCGAUUCGUUACCAUGUACCAAGUCAGUUCGUUAGUCAUGUUUGUGACGGCGACCGCUCGCCGACCGAUGCGCUAAUGCUCAGCUUCGGUACUGCCUGCUGCUGGUACGCUGUACCCAUUUUACCAACAUACUCAGAGCGUUUUCGCCGACCGACCGCGCAGCUUCGUAUGUGGCCGCGUAUUAUUACUCAAACUGCGACGGGGAGCCGCGGCCCUGCUCAAUGGAUACUUGUGAACGAUGAUUAUGCAAGCAAGCUGAAGUAUUGCGCAAGUGAAUGCUAGAAAGCUAGUCGUAUUUCGGGCGGUGUGAAGAUCGCUCCUGAGUCCUGACCAGUGCAGCGGCCGGACGGGAUCGGAUGUCACUUCACCGAACUGUGGGAAUAUGUGUGCUUGUAUGCCUGUGUGAUUCGUCACAUACCUCUGCGUACGCGAGUGAAUGCAGCCACCUGCGUGAUAUGAUCGUAGCGGCUGGGUGAAUAACAAAAAGGCUUACAACGUGACUCGCCUUUCGACGAAAAAGUUAUUUUUUUUGCGAAUAUAGGAGAAUGUGUUGUGCUCGUGGGACAGAAAUAUAAUGUACCACCUUCAGCA